AUGUCCGGAUCCGAUUCAUCAGAUGGCGAGAUGGGCGACAUGUUCGCCCUACCCAAGGAGUACAGUCCCCCACCACCGGAGCCCACCUUUGAGGUCUUUACUCGUGCCAACAAGGACAAAGUGCCUCAGGAGAUCAAACUGCGACUCGUUGGCACCCAUCCUCUGUGGGGCCACCACCUCUGGAAUGCUGCCAAGGUCUUUGCCAAUUGGAUGGACAGCCAUCCUGAGCACUCGCUUGGCAAGAACGUGCUCGAACUGGGUGCUGGAGCGGCCUUACCCAGCUUUGUCGCAGCAGUCAAUGGUGCAUCUAAGGUCGUUAUCACAGACUACCCAGACCACGAUUUGAUCUCCAAUAUUCAAUACAACGCCGAACAGGUCGUACCCAAACAGACCGAGGAGGGUAUCGUUAUUGUGCAAGGGUAUCUCUGGGGCAGUAACACGCGUCCUCUGCUCGCACACUUUAACCCAUCCAUAUCCACAUCGCCAUCAACACGAUCGUCGUCCACAGAAACGACUACUGAGACUGCUGCUGCUUCGCCCAAGCAGCUCUUUGACACCAUCAUUCUGUCGGAUCUCCUCUUCAACCACUCUCAACACAGAUCCAUGCUCAAGACAUGCAAAGAAACAUUGAGGCCUGGGACUGGACGCGUCUUUGUUUUCUUCACCCACCAUCGCCCAUGGCUCGCAGAUGCCGACAAUAAAUUUUUUGAGAUUGCAGCCGCACCAGUCGUUGACCCACCCGAGGGCGAUGAGUCUUCAGAUGAUGAGCGAGAUCUUGGCGGAUACGGCUUCAAGGUCGAGAAGGUACUCGAGGAGAAGAUGACGCCUAUGUUCUUAGAGGAUCCAGGAAGCGAGGAGGUCCGGGCCACCGUUCAUGGAUACAUCAUGUGGCUGUAG